AAUCUAUAUUUUUUUUGGUUGAUGUGUGUGGAAAUACUUUUUCGUAUUCUGAUCUUUUUAUACACAUAUCGGAUAGUGAACCAAAUUUAGGGCUGACGAAAGAUGCCGUAUCUGUACGGGAUUGCGGACACCAAGUUCCUGGUGAAGAAUAUCAAGAAGAAGGUACCCACCGGAGUGCCGCCCACCAAGUUUCGACGCAACGAGUUCCUCAAGGGUCGUCCGAAGAUCGAUCUAAACGAUGUUCCCAUUCAGUUCCGUGCCUCGCCGGCUUCCCUCGUGGAGCUAUGCGUCAAUGUGGUGGAUAAGCUACCGAUUCCAUCGAUCUUUGAGUGGGAUGACAUGGAUGUAAGGCGCUGGAUCAAGCGAUAUGGCUAUCCCGAAUAUAUGAACACUUUUCGCGUUAACAUGAUUUGGGGCCGAAAACUGCUGCUCGUCGACGCCUGCGCGUUGUCGGCGAUGAACAUCAAGGACUUUGAUCAUAUUCGACAUAUAACGUACGGCAUCCGGAUGCUGUUCCACUUCGAGCUGGCCAAGUUCUCGCGCAGCAUCAGCCUGCCCGACGAGAACCCGAAUGAGCUUUACUUGCUGUUCCACACCCAGACGGGAGUCAACUACGAUGAAGUGCGUCGCUCAGACUUGUAUCGACGCAUGCAGCUGAUACGCGAGCGUUCCAAGAACCUGAACCACUGGGAUCUGCUGUACCUGUGGCUGCGCCGCGAGCGGGAGCACAACUACACCGAGCUUAUCGGCAUGAUACCGCGCUUCAACCUGUACAAGUGCAAGAAGGCCCUGCCAGUGGAGCCACCGGAGAUACAUCCGGAGGAUGUCAUGUGCAAGGUCUGCAUUCCGCCCUGCGACUGUAACUGGACCGAGCGUGAUCUGCGCCUGCCCUGGCGUCUCAACGUCCUGACACCACAGCUGACAUUGACCCGGAGCAAAUGGAACGCCAUGGAGAAGGUCUGCACGGUCUGCAUUCCGCCCUGCGAGUGCCGCUGGCCGCCGCGCUACUAUCUCACUGGCACGGUCAUCAAGUGCCUGCAGACUAAGUUCCCCGAGAAGUUCUGUCCCAUCUUCGACGACCGCUUGCAUGUCUCGGCUCGGCCCAGUCUGGUGGAGCGUUGGACCCGUUUCUCCAUAUGAUUUUCUGCCUGUUAUGUAUAUUUUCCUAAUGGUAAUUAAACUUUCAUUGUUUCAGCAAGUGGGGGCUUGCAUGUACAGUAGUAAAAGGAUAUAUGUGGGCUGGGUUUAGCCUGCGAUCCCUAGACAGAGCAAAAAGGAGCGAGGUCGAAUUCCGAAACAACAUUCAACACCCGAGAGCGCAAAGCAAGGACGAGCGAGGGCGAAUUAUGGAUAGCACGAAGCAGAUCCUCGUAAGAGGCUACGAGGGCGUUUUAGUCCUGUCAUGCGAACUAUUUUAAGAUCUCUCCUACAAGUAUAUAAAUAUGAAUAAGGAAAGCCCCAGAUUAAAUCACUAUAUCAUAUGGUGCUGCCAAAGGAACGAUCGGGCUGCAAGGGUAUCCAAAGCUUCGGCCCCGAAACUAGCCUUCCUUUCAUGUCGUUAAUUAUACAAUCCGAUCGAUCUGCUGAGACCACAUCUGGAUAAUUAUCAUUACUAUACAGCUAAGAAAUCGAAGUCAGGCGCAUUGAGAAAGUAAGGUAAAGGAGAGAGAAACGGAGAAGGAGAGAGAAGCAAUCACAGGGGCCCCGUAACAGCAGCGAAG